AUGACUGAAUCUAUAGUGCAGUACUGGCAUUGCAGCUGGUAUUGUUUUAGAAAAUCAACAUUGAACUCAGUGGCAGACACGCUCAAUGUCUUCACUCUUGGUGGAUCUUCCCGCCGUCAUCGGCGUGGAAAAUCCCAAGGAUGUAUUACUUCCACUCAUUGUGGGAGCGGUCGUAAUCGGUUUGACUAUUUUAGUCCGCGAGAGAAUGAGGGUCAGGGGAUUGGUGAGUCUGUCUUCAUUACUGCCGUGUCUCGAACUGCGCAAGAACAUGUACUGACUGAUCAGCCUGGUCCCCCCCACCAUCUCCUCUUCGGCACUCUUCCUGCAUUUAUGCAUGUGCAGAGCAAGGGCCCCAAGGAUCUUCACCCCCAGGCCCAGAUGACGAUGCUACAACGGCUGUACAAACUAGGUGACAUGUUUACCAUCGAUACCUGGCCCCUGAUGGACCAGAUGUACCUGGUGGCCAACCCCAAACUCGCCCACCAGGUCUCCCAGGACAGCAGCCCGUUUCCCAAACACCCGAUGAUCACGCGCUUCCUCAAGCCGCUGACCGGCUACAACAGCGUGCUGGCCGCUAACGACGCCAAAUGGAAGGAGUUGCGCAGUCUGUUCGCCCCGGGCUUCUCCAACGCCCAUCUGAUGACCAUGGUGCCGCUGAUGGUCGAAAAGACCGAGGUCUUCUGCGACCUGCUGCGCGAAUACGCCGCCAAGCACGAGCUGUUCUCCAUGGAACCGAUGGCCGCCCGACUGACCAUCGAUAUCAUCGGCAUCGUCGUUCUGGGGGUCGACUUCAAAUCACUGACCCGCCGCGACGAGCUGGUCGAGGCCUUCCGCCACCUCCUGGACCUCCUGCCCAACGGCCAGACCCUCGACAUCAACCCAGUGACCCACUACCUGCGUCGCAAGUACGCGAACACUAUGGACAACUACAUCCGACGCGUGCUGCGCGACCGGGCCGCCAACGGGGCCAAUCAGAAGUUCCGCACGUUGAUGGAUAUCGCGAUCGAGCGGUAUGAGCAGCUGCCCAACGGGUCGUUGUUCAGCUGUGGAUUUGAGCAGCUUGCCGUCGAUAAUCUCAAAACGUUUGUCUUCGCUGGCCACGACACGAGCAGCACCACCCUCAGCAACAUCUACCACCUUCUGAGCAAGCACCCCGAGGUCUUGGCCAAGGUCAUCGAAGAGCACGACCAAGUCCUGGGCAAAGACACCGCAGCGAUUGGCCAGCUCAUCCGCGACCAGCCCUCCAUUAUCAACAAACUCCCAUACACGACGGCCGUAAUCCGCGAGACCCUCCGCCUGUAUCCCGCCUCCGGCAGUCUCCGCAUGGCGCCGAAAGACACAACCUUCCACCCCGACAAAGCCCCCGCCGUGACCGUGCCCAAAGGCAGCCUGAUCUGGGUGGGGAUCCACACAAUGCACCACGACGCGGAGUUCUUCCCGUGCCCGGACGAGUUCCACCCGGAGCGGUUCAUGACGGCCAAGACGAUCACGCUGGCGGACGGACGCACUGAGGCCGUGACGGCGGGGUGGAACGGGCACGCGCCGCCCGCGGACGCCUAUCGGCCCUUCGAGAAGGGGCCACGCAUGUGCAUCGGCAGCGAGAUGGCCAUGAUUGAGAUCCGGGUCGUGCUGGCCAUGACGCUGCGGCGGUUCCGGUUCGCGUCCGCCUACGCCGAGUACCGGCGACGGCACCCGGACGAGGUCGAAGCCGCCGGCGGGCGCACCGAGGCGUUCGGCGACGAGGCGUACCAGGUUUUCUCGUCGACGGCGAAGCCCAAGUCCGGGGUGCCGAUGUAUGUGUAUACGAAGGAGUAGGUUGGCUUUGGGAGGUGUUGUUUAGUUUACGAAUUAUCAGUUGCGUGGUGGUCCAUACCCUGAACAUGUAUCAUGUGGUAGUUUCUAUUGGAAGGGCUUGCCCUUAGUCCCACCUUUGCAUGCGAUCAAGAUUCUUGUUCCCUUUUCUCAGUUUUUACCUUUCUUUUCAUCUACUUCUUUUAUCUACUUCUUGUCUCUCCUCCUUUCUUGCAUUCUUUUGCCCUUUUUCUUGCUGGUGAAGAACCGUCAUAUGGUAUU